AUCUGACAUUGCCGUGUACUGUCCGUCAUUGUAAAUGCAUGUGGUUAUGAAAUCGCAUUAGCAACAUGCUGCGCUCGCUGGCUUUGCGCACGUUCGCGAAUAUACUUGGAUUGAGUAGCCGCAGCGGAAGCACAGCGGCAAUGAGCAGGAAUGCAGUCGCAUCCCGACCCCAUUUAUACACAACUCCAAUAUUCUACGUGAACGCAGCCCCCCACCUUGGACAUGUAUACUCGGCCCUGCUGGCUGAUGUGCAACAUCGCUACUCCGCCAUGUGCGGGAUAGAGAGCAAACUUAGCACAGGUACAGAUGAGCAUGGCAUGAAGGUACAACAGGCUGCCUCGGCUCUUGGUUUAGACCCACAGACAUUUUGUUCUACUGUGUCUCUUCAGUUCCGGACUAUAUUCGAUGCUCUUGAUAUUUCUUACACAGAUUUUGUGCGCACAACUGAACCCCGACAUAUAGAAGCUGUGAGAAGGUUUUGGAUGACCUUAGAAGAACAAGGAUAUAUUUACAAAGGGACUUAUGAAGGAUGGUAUUGCACAUCCGAUGAGGCCUUCCUAAGCGAGGGGCAGACAGCAGAGCACACUGACUUUGAGGGCAACAAGAUCCGAGUGUCUCUGGAGAGUGGUCAUCAGGUACACUGGGUGAGUGAGGAGAACUAUAUGUUCCGUCUGUCAUCUCUUCGCCCUGCUCUGCUAAACUGGUUACAGACAGAACCUGUGCAUCCCGCUCCAUUCCUUAAAUUAGUACACCACUGGCUGGAGGAAGAACUCCCAGACCUUUCAGUGUCUAGACAGCGCAGUCGUCUAUCCUGGGGAAUCCCUGUGCCUUCUGACUCCUCUCAUGUUAUAUAUGUUUGGUUAGAUGCUCUAGUAAAUUAUCUUACUGCUGCUGGAUAUCCUAAUCCACAGUUGGCACCAUGGGGCCCUUCCACCCACCUCCUUGGUAAGGAUAUUUUGCGAUUCCAUGCUAUUUACUGGCCUGCUUUCCUUAUCGCAGCUGGUCUUCCGCCUCCCCAGAAGCUGCUUGUUCAUUCUCAUUGGACGUCAGAAGGUACAAAAAUGUCUAAAAGCCUAAAAAAUGUGGUGGAUCCAUCAGAUUGCAUUAGACGUUACACAACAGAUGGGCUGCGCUACUAUUUGUUGCGCCACGGUGCCCCGGAGAGAGAUUGUGAUUUCACACACCGUACUGCCCGCAUGCUGCUGAACUCCGAGUUAGCCGACGCCCUUGGGGGCCUGCUAAACCGUUGCACUGCUCCAGCUAUUAACCCAAUGCAGCACUUUCCAAAAUUCCAAUAUGAGAAUUUUCCUGUUGCCUCCCGUGACCAGGUACAUGAUUUGCUUGGUGCUUUGCAGGAACUCCCUGUAGAGGUGGACCAGUGGAUAAAGAAGUUUCAAGUUCACAAGGCUUUGGAGUGUAUUGAUGCCUGUGUACGACGCUCCAAUGCCUUUUUCCAAAGCCAGGCUCCAUGGAAACUCCAAAGAGGAGUUGAAAAAGAGGCUGCUCUGAGGGACUCUGUUAUAUACCUGACAUUGGAAGCUCUUCGGCUGUAUGCCACACUUCUUCAUCCUGCAGUGCCUGGACUAGCUACAGUGGUACUGGACAGGCUUGGUGUCCCCCACAAGAUGAGGACACUUAAGAAGAAUACAUUUUUAGCAGCUACAAGAGGAGAAAUCUGUUACUUUCAGGCUCAAACUCUGGGUCCAGACAAAGGCCUCCUCUUUCCCAGGCUGGAAAAGAGUGAAGCUUUUUAGUAGGAAGACCGCUGGAGUUGGCCGUAAAAGGUCACAUAAAGAUAUAUUGUUAUAUUUGUUUCUCUCCCAGUCUCUUAUUGAUAUUUUCUUUUUAGGCACCUCCUCCACAUCUAAUUUUUUUUAAAGCUGUCCCUAAUAAUUUAUUUUGAUAACUAUUUGAAAAAGCAUAUUAGCCACAGUAUACCAAUUGUAUUGUUUUUCUACUUGCAUGACAAUGCUGUUGAAAGGAUAAGUAAACCUUUAAAA